UUUCGCUGCAGUCAGUUUGUAAACAUCGGGCCUUCAGGCAGCAGAAGAGGCACCGAACACCGAGCACCGAACACCGAGACGGAGACUCAAAUCUCCCAGAAGGUUUUCAACAUGAAGUUCAUGUACAAAGAAGAACAUCCGUUUGAGAAAAGACGGUGUGAGGGAGAGAAGAUCCGAAAGAAAUAUCCUGACCGAGUGCCUGUGAUUGUUGAGAAAGCUCCUAAAGCCCGGAUAGGAGACCUGGACAAGAAAAAGUACCUGGUGCCCUCGGACCUGACAGUGGGUCAGUUUUACUUCCUGAUCAGGAAAAGGAUUCACCUGAGAGCUGAGGAUGCAUUAUUCUUCUUCGUCAACAACGUCAUUCCUCCCACAUCAGCUACCAUGGGCCUGCUCUAUCAGGAGCAUCAUGAAGAAGACUUCUUCCUGUACAUUGCCUACAGUGAUGAGAGUGUGUAUGGAGAAGACGUUCAGAUCAAUCCCAAUUCUCACUGUUAAACUGGAUGAUAAAAAUUCAGUAGUCUAUCUGAAUCUGUCACACACAUUUCACUUCUGCAGUGUUUGUACAUGAUACUGUUCGGACCUUCUUUUUUUUUUUAACCAUUGCUGAUACUGAUUUGAUUAUUUUUAUUUAAGGCUUGAAUAUUUUCUGCUUUGUGUUUUUUGCAGUACAUUGCUUUAACAUUUGUGUAGCUGUUAUUGUGGUUAAUAUAGAGCUUGAUAUAGACCAGGUCAUUAAAUUUGCUUUUGAUUUUGUGAAAAAGAAUAUUUAUUUUUUCUCUUUCUGAAUGCUUUCACUAUAAACACAGUGGGGGAGAAAGUCAGAUUAUGAUUUAGUAUUUUGUUUAAACUCUCAGUUAAAUGAUGCUGUUGAGCAUGUGGACACACUGCAGUGUUGAAGUACAUUCACGUGUUAAACACCACUUCACUUGUGUUGCCAGAUUGGUUGUGAUCGAGUGAUGCACUUUAUUAAUUUGAUUAAACUUCAGAGAAUCUG